AUUAUGAAUCAGAAUGAGAAACAUAUCUGGAGCUACUUAAUUAACUUAAUUUUAGUUUUUUUGUUCAAACGUUCGUAUUUAAUUUUUGGUUUUUGAUGAAAUGCAUCCUAACCAUUCCAUGUCCCGGUGACUGAUUAUCUAGACAGCUUUCACAUAAUGUUUUCCCAUCGGAGCGCACAAUUCUUCCGUCUGUACAGUACGAGCAACGGGAAGAGUAUCCGCGAUGUGGUGGUGAUCGGAGCGGGAUUGAUGGGAGGGGGCAUUGCGCAGGUGACAGCCGCCGCCGGACUGAAUGUGACGCUGGUGGAUCACUCGCAGGACGCGCUGGUCCGUGCGCGCAACAGCAUGGCCUAUCGCUACCAUCGCAAACUGGCCAAGGAGCUUCCCGAUAAUCAACAGAAAGCCAAAGAGAUGGUAGCGCAGUUACUGCAGCACGUCCAGCUGCAGACCGAUCACUGUGAGGCCGCGUCGCAAGCGGAUCUGGUGAUUGAGGCCGUGGUGGAGAAUAUUCAAGUCAAAAAAUUGCUCUUCCAAGAACUGGAUCGCACAGCCGCCAAGCAUACCAUUUUUGCAUCGAACACGUCGUCGCUAUCCAUUACCGAAAUGGCGGAUGGUACUGAGCGGAAAGAUCGUUUUGUUGGCAUGCAUUUUUUCAGCCCUGUGCCCGUGAUGCCUUUGGUUGAGCUGACGCGACUUGACAGUACGAAUGACGCUGUUUACGAUUGUGUUAAAGAAUUCGUGAAGACCAUCGGUAAAACCUCCGUCGACUGCAAGGAUACUCCCGGGUUCAUCGUCAAUCGCUUGCUCAUUCCGUAUAUGUUGGAAGCGGUGCGGAUGCUGGAGCGCGGUGAUGCGGAAGCCAAGGAUAUUGACACGGCCAUGAAACUGGGAGCGGGGUACAAAAUCGGUCCGCUGGAAUUGAUGGAUUUCAUUGGGUUGGAUGUGGCCUUUCUUAUCAUUCAAGGAUGGCAUAAGAAAAUGCCCAACGAUCCCUUAUUCGCUCCCGUCCGCACCAUCCAGCGAAUGGUCGAAGAGGGUCGACUGGGACGGAAAAGUGGUUCGGGAUUCUACGAGUACAAAGCGGAGCAGUCGGUGGACGCCGACGCACAAAUCGAGAAGCUGCGAUUAAUCAAAUCACGCACCUGAUGCGCCUCCAUGACCAAAAGAACGAUCAUGCUUAGCCAAGCUCACAGAAAUUUAACAUUCCGUUUUUUAUAAGUUUGCUGCUGAUGCGAUUAUAUCAGACGAUUAAUACAGUUGUUAUUUAUUUUUGUUAAACACGGUGUACGUUGGACGUUGAAUUUGAAUGCGUAAGGAACUGUCUUACAGAUCUUUAUCCAUGAAUCCAUUACUGAAGUACUUCAUAUAUUCAGAGUUCGCGAAAGCGAACAGCACUCCGUUCGAUUGCCGUUAUUCAGUGCAUCAAGAUUACAUUUUUGGAAGGUCCAAAGAAAAAGGGCUUUUCACCAAGAUGGAAGUGGAACAUAACGUCAUUGCAACGC